ACUAUACAAAGAAUGAGACAGAAAGGACGACGACAUUUAGGCUUCAAUAGAACUUCAUAUAGGCUUACUCAUGUACGUACAGGUUGGACUAGACUUUGGGUCGAGGAUGCAGAUAGGACUGGACGCAGUGGAGGGAAUAAGAUUCCUCCACGGACAAGGCCUUCUCCACAGAGACAUCAAACUGAAGAACGUUCUGCUGAACAACGCAAACAGAGGCACACUCACAGAUCUCGGUUUCUGCAAGCCUGAAGCCAUGAUGACCUGCACCAUCGUAGGCACGCCGAUCCACAUGGCCCCCGAGCUAUUCGGCGGUUCCUACGACAAUUCAGUCGACAUUUACGCAUUCGGAAUCCUCUUCUGGUACAUCUGUGCCAACGACACGAAACUCCCCGGGGCGUUCGACGCCUGUCAGAACAAGGAACAGCUCUGGACGUCGGUGAGGAAGGGGUUAAGACCGGAAAGGUUACCGCGGUUCGACACGGACUGCUGGGAGUUGAUGUGCUCUUGUUGGCUCGGGGAGAGCAUUCAGCGGCCGUUGAUUGGGGACGUGGCCCUUCGUUUGCACCUCAUUAUGAAGAGAAUAGGACGAACUCCGCUAAAGUAGGGCAUGUAGUGUAGGUUUCUGUCAUCACUUUCACUAAUUGAGGAUAUUAACUACUCUAUUGUACUGUUUGACACGCUAUUAUUAUUAUUU